GGUAAAUUCAUCACUAUAAAAUGGCCGCUGUUGCAGCAAGUGCAUGAAAAACUGAGAAUAUUAAAAACUUGUUCAAGUGCAUAGGAAUUUAAAAACGUAACUACAUUAACAGAUAAAUAACAGCACUUGGGAUAUGGCCGAAGUUAAUGACACAGAUUUAGAUGUCCAGCAGAAGCAAAAUGUGGCAACAGCAUCAGAAACAAACAGCAUAGUAAAGGAAGAAGAAGCAGAAGCAGAAAAAGCGGUCGCAUCAGAAUCCAAACAUGAAGAAAAGAAAAUUUUGAGUGACGAUGGUGGGACAAAAGCCGAUAAGCUUGAUGAGUUGAACUCAUUGGAGCAGGAAAUAGCCAAAAUGCACAACAUACAACAUUGUACAGAAUCAGGCCAAGAUGAAGAGAAGAAGGCAGAAGGGAACGCUGAAGCGGGCAGCAAAUCAGAAAAUAUUAGCGCGAGCAGCCAAGACGGACAACUUAAAGAUGAUAUAGGAAAGGCUAAACGUUGCACUCCUGUUAUCAAAGCGCAUGCCAAUGAGGAGUCAGAGCCAGCAACGACAUUGGAGGAAGUUGAUCUGAUUGCUUUGUUGAAGGGCACCGAUCAGGAGCAGGAGCAAGAGCAAACAGACGUGCCACAAAAGGCCAGCAUUGAGCUGGCGUUAGCUGAACUAGAUAAUGUCGGUGUUACGAUCGAGGGUGAGGGGCAAUAUGAGAUCAUGGAAAUCGAUGAUGGAGACAAUGUUAGUGGGCCCAGUCCUGAGUUAUUGUCAACUGCAAAAAGCAGUGCAAGUGCCUUGAAAUCCAACUCAAAAUUUGCUGUGGGUAAGACUAAACUGUCUCCGGAGCAAGCCAGAGCUGUGGCACUGGAGCAAAUGGCCGAUCUGAAGGCUAAUAAAAUGCGUCGCAAAGAGUUGGCAAACAACAAGCAAAAAGAGCAACAGCAGCAAAAGCCCCAAGAUAUAAUCAGUUCGCUGAAUGAUGAUUGGAACGAGUAUGAUAGUAGCAGCGAAACAGCAUCCAACUCCAAUGCAGUUACCAACGAAAUGCCUGCCUCAAAGAAGCCGCUCGUCAAGAAGGCCAAAUCAACAAUAGAGGUGCCUCAUAUGCUGGGCAGUGUAAAGGUAAUGCUGAAAUCCGUUCAGCCAAGAAGCCUGGAAAAGCCAAAACCACCUGCAGAGCAGCCCAUCAUCAAUGCAGAACCCACAGGCUUCAAACGAACGCGUAUUAUAAAACGUAAAAUUAUAUGGGAUCCAGAUGUGCCUGAAACGCAAAAGUCCUUUGCGCAGUAUGCAAGUCCAAAGCCCAAUCCGAAUGCAAUAACAAAUGUACAAACAACUAUAUCAACCGUAACAACUACAAGUACAACAACAGCAGCAAUUGCUAAAGCAAGCAAUAUGGAAGUCGUGUCAAAAAAGGCACGACCUUCAACGCCGAAAGAGCCACCGAAGGUGUCUGCUAAACGUUCCGUUACACCCGCCAAAUUGGCCGAAUCGAAUGUCGCUUCGCCACCCAAACGUCGCUCACAAACACCGAAUGUGCCCAAUGGGGCAGGCAGCCAGGCCAAGAAGAAGAAAGUAAGCGAAAUCGAUCGACUGAUGGGCGAUGAAGGCGCCGCCAAUAUGAUGCAAGCUGUAGAGCGUGAGCAGCGAGAGCUAAGCGGCGGCGAGUCGGCCAACAAACCGCUGAUGCGUAAGCGAUCGCUGACACUAACUGGCAGACUACAAAAAGCAGCAACUGCAACUGCAGUUGAGCCUACGAGCACGCCCACGCCCACUAAAAAGGAAACCCCACCUAAAGCCGGAAAGCGAAAAGAGACGGGCAAUAACUCAGCUGCCGUUGAAGCCGUCUUCACAAAGGCAGCAAAGCCACGUCCAUCCGACUCCUGGGAUUAUGUGUACAAGCAACGUGCCAGCGAGGAGUCCAUGAUAAUGCGCCGACGCUCCAAUAGCUCGUACUCCAGCAAUGCCUCUGCAAAUCGCUCAUCAUUGGAUAAUAAGCCCGCCACAGUGGCUAAUUUAUCAGACGAUGCGUCCGAUGCAGCAACAGUGGAUCCGUCGUUUAUAUUCCUGAAGCCUGAGAAUAAAGCGAACCAAAGAAGCGAUGGCGCAGCCGCACCCCAAACGCUGGCUAAUGAUCUUAAAAAGGGAACAUUGCAGGCGAAGGAGCUAAAGUCGGCCAAAGUGGAGCUGGUGACGUUGCACAAGCUGGAGAAGGUUACUCAACUGGUGAUCAAUACGCAGAUGGGCAAAUCGGGCUUCACAUACAAAGUGCAAUUGUUGCAAAAGCUCAACGAAAUACUAAACAAAUUGGCCAAAAGCAACGAUUGCAAUACAGUGCUGCUCAGUGUGCAGGGUCAGCAAUUCUGUCAGGGAAUCGAUUGCCAGGAGCUGCUGGCUGCCACGGUUGAGAAGCGUAAAAAUAGUGCAACACAAUUGGCAUUGGUGUUAAAAACAUAUCUCCGCACUUUGGCUACAUUCCCUAAGCCUUUGAUCGCUGGCAUUGUCGGCAACCUGAAGAAUUUGGGCGUCAUGCAAUUGCCAUUGUUCGACUAUGUUUUGGCAGCCGACGAUUGUUGCUUUGAGACGAACUACGCAAAGCUAGGACAGCUGCCAGAGGGCUAUGCCUUCUGGCACAAACACCAAAAGAUCGCCACACAAGUUCAAACGCGUUUGUUUUUGCUGGGCGAGCGUUUGCACACGUCGGACGUGAUUGAUUCACCGAGCAGCUUUAUUGAUAAAACCUGCAAAUCGCGAAGCGUAAACGAAGAGGCUCUGGCAGUGGCUAAACUCAUUUCCAACACCACAGCAGAGCACUAUCGCUCACUCAAGAAGCUAAACCAAACGGCUAAUACGGCGUCUCUGCAACGGCUCGAAGCUGAGUUUAAGAUCAUAACUGAGCAAUGGUUAUCGGCCAAUUUUCAGGCCAACUACAAACGUUAUGUUAAUGAUGUGGAAUUCUAAGAUUGUUGUUAAGCUCCCCUCAGGCUACCUAUCAAAGGGUAGUAUGUUCUUUUAGAAAAAAUACAAAAAAAAAAAAAAAAGAACAGUAAAUAAAACCUGCGAAAUUUCGUAACUAGUUAAAUUUA